CCUUGUGCGCAGGCUCGGCACUUGGCGCAAGAUGGCGGCGGCGGAUAAACAGAAACAUGAGCACGGGCGGGUGAAGAUCGGGCACUACAUCUUGGGGGACACGCUGGGCGUAGGCACCUUCGGCAAAGUCAAGGUUGGCAAGCAUGAACUGACUGGGCACAAAGUGGCAGUGAAGAUCUUGAACAGACAGAAGAUACGCAGCCUUGAUGUUGUGGGGAAGAUCCGCAGAGAGAUUCAGAAUCUGAAACUGUUUCGGCAUCCACACAUAAUUAAACUGUACCAGGUUAUCAGCACACCAUCUGACAUUUUCAUGGUGAUGGAAUAUGUUUCAGGAGGUGAAUUGUUUGAUUACAUCUGUAAAAAUGGAAGGCUUGAUGAAAAGGAGAGUAGACGUCUGUUCCAGCAAAUCCUUUCUGGUGUGGAUUAUUGCCACAGGCACAUGGUAGUCCACAGAGACUUGAAACCUGAAAAUGUACUGCUUGAUGCACACAUGAAUGCCAAGAUUGCUGAUUUUGGCCUUUCAAAUAUGAUGUCAGAUGGAGAAUUUUUAAGAACAAGCUGUGGUUCUCCUAAUUAUGCUGCUCCAGAAGUAAUUUCAGGAAGGUUAUAUGCAGGGCCAGAAGUGGAUAUCUGGAGCAGUGGGGUUAUUCUUUAUGCUUUGUUAUGUGGAACCCUUCCAUUUGAUGAUGAUCAUGUGCCGACACUUUUUAAGAAGAUAUGUGAUGGUAUCUUUUAUACGCCACAAUACCUGAACCCAGGAGUAAUUAGCCUUUUGAAACACAUGCUGCAGGUGGAUCCCAUGAAGAGAGCUACAAUCAGAGAUAUAAGGGAACAUGAUUGGUUUAAGCAAGAUCUACCCAAAUACCUUUUUCCUGAAGAUCCAUCAUACAGUUCAACAAUGAUUGAUGAUGAAGCCUUAAAAGAAGUUUGUGAGAAGUUUGAAUGCACGGAGGAAGAAGUGCUAAGCUGUUUGUAUAAUCGAAAUCAUCAGGAUCCUUUAGCAGUUGCCUAUCACCUAAUUAUAGAUAACAGAAGAAUAAUGAAUGAAGCUAAAGACUUUUACUUAGCUACUAGUCCACCAGAUUCCUUUCUUGAUGAUCACUUCUCCCGUCCCCACCCUGAAAGAGUGCCAUUUUUAGUAGCCGAAGUACCAAGGCCACGUCAUACACUUGAUGAGUUAAAUCCACAAAAGUCCAAACAUCAGGGUGUCAGAAGAGCCAAGUGGCAUUUGGGAAUCCGAAGUCAGAGUCGGCCAAAUGAUAUCAUGGCAGAAGUUUGUAGAGCAAUCAAACAGUUGGAUUAUGAGUGGAAGGUUGUAAAUCCAUACUACCUGCGUGUUCGUAGGAAGAAUCCAGUGACUGGCACAUAUUCCAAAAUGAGUCUGCAGUUAUACCAGGUGGACAGUAGGACUUACCUACUAGAUUUUCGUAGUAUUGAUGAUGAAAUUACUGAAGCAAAAUCAGGGACCACCACUCCCCAGAGGUCAGGCUCUGUGACUAACUACAGAUCUUGUCAGAAGGAUUUGGACACUGAUGCUCAAGGAAAAUCUUCUGAUGUGUCUCUUACUUCAUCGGUGACCUCUUCCCUUGACUCUUCAGCAGCGGAGUUAACUCCAAGAUCAGGGAGCCACACGAUAGAAUUUUUUGAGAUGUGUGCAAAUCUUAUUAAAAUACUUGCACAAUGAUUUGUAAGAUUGGCUUAUUAUUUUUUUUUACAGCAAUAAGCAUGCCUAAAACAAAAACAGAAAAAAAAUCAUAGUCAAAUGCUUCCAACUAUAAUCAAGUUACAGUUAACUUUGGCGCUGAGAAGACUAGCCACGCUGCAGUUUGCACAGGAAUGGGAUAUACAGUUAAAGGCAGUCUAAAUGUCUUAAUGUAAUGAAGCAAAUGAUGGUUAGAGAGUUCCUGGUGUGAUACAAGAAAAACUUUGUGAGCAGAGUUUUAUUUUUCAUUGUGUACACAUUGGGGCUUCAUAGAGUAUUAACCAUAAGGAUCUUUUUGUAGUUUGUCUUUAUAUUGCUGAUUCCAUAUUCCUGUUACGGUAUAACUGGUCACUUGCUAGAUCAGGGAUCUUUUUGGAUCUCAGUCUUCAGUUGCACCCUGCGAUAUCUCAGUAUAACUAUUUUCCUUGUCAAACAGCACUUCACGCUUCUGGCACUUGUCUCAAGUUUUCAGCAGUCAGUGGUGCAUUUGGGUGGAAAAGCCUAAAGCACCCUUUACAUUGCUUUUUACCAGUUGAUAUGCUGGGAAAUCCAAAGUCCAACUCCUCAUGUGCUUAAUUUUUCCAUAAGAUGUAUUUGCAAAGCCAAAUAUUGUCACCAGAAGCAGUUUUGGUGGUAACAGUACUCUGAAAAGAAUGACAAAAUGGCCCAGGACCUAAAGAGUUUGUUUCAUGAGGCCGUGUGUGGCUUUACAUAUUGUUUUCCUCAAGCAGCCGCAGCACAUGGCAAGUUUGGGAAGAGCUUUGUGAUAUAGCGUGGGGAGGAGACUGCUUUUCAGCGCUGAGAGACAGAACUGCUGUCAUACUAGCACAAGCCCUUGAUGGACAUGGCUUCCUGAUUGUGGACUUCAGUCAGGGAAUAAUAGUUAGGAAAGGGGUUUACAGCUGCUGGCACAACUAGUAUAAAGACAAGAAUGUACUUGGUAGGUAUACAACUGUCUAGAUUUAUUGGCCCAUGUCUCCCACCAGUAGUUAAUGAGCAGCUUUUUGCAUGCUAAUCCACUACAAGAUAAAGAAUCUGUGCCUAAAUCCAGUGUGUGUGUGGCUGUCAGGACAGCCCAAAUAGAUGGGUGCGUAUAGUUCUUGGAAUCUUGCACUGAGGAUUCCAUGGGUCCUGUUUUCAUAUGGUUUUCAUAUACAUAUUUUUGGCGGAUAACUAGUGAUGAGUGAUUUGGAGUUUACCUCUGUUGUAUAAUCACUUUUUAUACCGUUUUUACACUGAAUUAAGAUUUGUAAUUGUAAUGGAACAUUAAAUAGCCCGGGUUUGGUUUUGAAAUGUAUAAAAACUACAUGUUUCCAGUCAUUUGUACUCAGUGCUGCAGACAUGAUAUUUGACCAUGGUUAGCACUAGAGUCAGACACGACGAAACGACUAAACAGCAAGCACUAACCACGGAUUGAUGGCUUAAUUAUAGUUAAUCCUAGACAUUCAGACUGUGUUUGGAUGGACUGAGAAUUCAAGAGAACUUUGGCUUAUCCUGAAAGAGGUUUAUGUUCAUACAUGUAUAGUCUGUUUCCUCCUACUUUGCUUCUCUGCUAGCAUCACAAGUAAAGAAACCUACCCAGAGGCCAAGUUUUUUGUUCAGAACAAUCUAGGAUUCAAAAAUGAAGGCUUGUUCUUGUUUUACAGUUCCAAGCUUGUUUUGGAGCAACAAACUAGGAACAUACUUCAGAUGGCAUGCUAAAGAAAAUUCCUGGGGGUUUUCAUUGAUUGUGCUAAACUAAUGAGGUUUGUACACCACCACACACUUUAUCCUUGAUAAACUGGAAUUCCAAAGAAUUCUCCUUUAUCUUUCUAUGCCAACAAGGCUACAAUGAAGCUAUGUUGUUAACUUGCUAGAGUACGCUCUUCUUUUCCAGGAGACAUGUAUAGGGUGGUAUCAGGAAAGCCUUUUUACUUUAAAAGCAAGAGAGAGAAAACUGCCUUAUCUGUGGCUUUCUAGAUGCAGAUAUAACAGCUUUGACUAUGGUUAAUGUGACCUCUCUACAAACAAAGGUUUUACACUCUUUUUUGUGGCUAAAUUUGAACUAUAAUUGAGAUGCUCAUGUAGUUGAGAAAAACAAAAUCAUGGCAUAUGUGAACAGGAUCAGUAGGAGACAGAAAACAGAUUUUUAAAAAUCCAAAUGCAGGAGAGGUUGCCAUUGAAUUGGGCCAGCAGUGAAUUAAGAAGAACCAAGGAUACAGUUCUCCCCUUUAACGAGAAAUAUCUGUGCCUAUCAGAUGAAACAUGCAGUUGCUUAAGUUCACAAUCUGCUGCAUGAAUUUAGAGGUUGCAUUGGUGAUAUUUUAAUUGGGCACAAGCUAAACCUUGCAUUUUGUUCUAGUUGCAAAGAUCCAUACAUUCCGUAGCUUCUCUUGGAAUUUUGACAUGCAUUGUUCUUUCAGAGACAAGUGGUCUUAUGUUGCAUUUUCACACUUCUUCAGGUAUGAUAUUUUCCAGAAUCCAACAGUGGCCAGAAUAUUACUUUUCUAUAUUAGCCAUGAUCAAGAAUUUAAGGCUUUUGUUCCUCAAUGUGCACCAGUCACAUGACUUGGCACCCAACAAGACAUGCAAAUAUCACCUUAACUAAUGACAAUUUGCCACAGCAUUUAAUACUGUUGACUCAUGUCAAUGUACCUAAAUAAACUGGAUUCUGGUCAGUACCUUUAGAAUGGAAUCUGAUAGGCAGUUCUUAAAAUGUACUCCUAAAAGACUAUGCGUAUGAGAUGACACCGGCACCAGGAGUGAUUCCCCCCACCCCCAAGGAACCAUUUGGUACUAAUGUAUGAAAAAGGUUCUCUUGGAGAUCAAAUAGUAUUUCUCCCUUUUUAAUUUACAGUAAUAAUUGAAAGUACUUUGAUGUCUAGUUCUGCUCAAUCUAUUCAAUAACUGUGAUUUUCCUCAGUUGUGCUCUGUUGAUUUUAAAAUUGCUAAUAUUGCACUUGGCAAGUGGCAUAAACGCACACUGUUUUUCUUUGUUUUAUUGCUGGGAGGCCUUGAGGAGAGUAUUCAGUAAACCCCUGUAUCUGGUUUUAGACGCCCUUAGACAACAGUGGGCACAAGCCAUAAGUAUCACCACUGCACACCAUCUGUCUGUUCAGCAUGGCAUGCAACCAAAUUGUAUGCUUGUUUAUGCAGUAUAGUUUUUUUUGUGCAGGUCUGAAUCUGCUGAAUUCAAUAAGGCGUACUCCUCAAUAUGCUUGCCUUAGGACUGCAGCCUUGGAGUAACCCCUAUGCAAGUCCUACUUAAAUGGAUGGAAGAUCUCCCCUCCCCUUGGAGCCUCUGCUGAAUUAUGUCCAGUGUCUUUAUACUCAAAAAAUGUCACAGUGCAACAAACUUUAAUUUUAUAUAUUUAAGGCAUUUUUAUUCUUAAACGACGAGGCUUUAAUUUUACCUUUGUAUAUGUGGGUUCAAAUACAUAACAGGAGAGUACAUUUCCUAUACUCAAAUGGUCAGUUUUUAAAUAUUUUUUUUAAACAGCCGUUAGCCGUUGAAUAGUUUUUUAGAGUUCUUUUCAUAGAUAGGGCUGUCCUGAUACAUAUUAUUUACCUGGGGGGGGAUCACACUUUUCUGUAAGUUUUCUACACUUGUAGGAAAACGUUGACAUUGAGUUGGCUGGGUUUCGGGGGAAAAAACCAAACCUCAUGUGGGCUUGCAGUGGUGCAUUAGAGUUGAUUUUACUUAGUGUUACAUUAGGACAAGGCAGUAAUUAGAUAGUUGUACAGUUAAGGAGAACUGCUUUGCAAAAGAGACAGCUGUGGAAGUGUCACCAAAAAAAAAA